UAAUUUGCUAAAAAAAAAGGCAAAACAAAAUAAAACAGAACCGACUUUGAUUAAGGUAGGCUGUGUAAGUAAUUAAGGGUUAAAAAGCUGUGUUGAUCAGACUUCCUCUGAUUGUCUUCAUGAUCAUAGCCUAGACUUCUCUCAUUAAACCUCAAAAUCCGUGAACCUCGGAAUUGGGUUGUUCUAUUAAGGUUCGAGUUCUGUAUAUGUCUAGGUCGGUCUCACUUCUGCAGCUAUUAGUUUUGGAGUUAAAAGACAGUGUGCGAGUACUAAGCAGCUUAAGUUUCAGCUCAUUCUUUUGUGAAAGUUAUAAUGCCAGUAACUGCAAAUACUAUCAGCAUUUCACCUCUACCAGUAGCAGUUAAAGCAUGUGGUCGACGCAAGGAUAAAGUUCUGCAAACAGGCAGCAGUUCUCGUGUUCAGUUUUCUGAUUUACCAAGGGAAUGUAACAAACUUGCUAUAUCAGUUCCACUGGGACUUGCCAAGCAAUCACAUCCUAUUUAUGGAAGAAAACAGUCUAAUACCAAUCGAUCUGCUUCUAUUAUAUGCGCUGCUGCUCUGAAUGCUAGAUGUUCUGCUUCAGGCCAAACUCAAACUCUCACGCGAGAAUCGCGAACAAAUACCAAGGCUCCUGUAAGAGAACCGACCAAGAUACCAGGACUUGAUAAUGGUGGACCGGGACUCCCUCCUUAUGGCGGAGGCGGAGGUGGUGGUGGAGGCGGAGGCGGAGGAGAAAACUGGUCUGGCGGAUUCUUCCUUUUUGGUGUUCUUGGUUUUCUAGGCUUCUUAAAGGAUAUGGAAAGUGACUAUAGAGACAGCAGAGGAAGAUGAAAGAAGACGACUUUGAGUCGUGAAUAUUUUUUGGACUUCUAUAUGCUCUCUAAAUCGAUCUGAAGCUCCUACAUGGAUAGAGUAUUUUAGGACCUGAGCGGAUGGCCGAACUGGUGAAGCAACUAGAUCAUUGUUUUUCUGAUUUUAUUGCUUUAUGUUUGAAUAAAAAUAGGCAUAUUUAUAAUUUUAUAUAUUUUUAAAAUUUAUAUAUGUUUAUAUAUAACUCUUAAAAGAAUAAACUAUUAAUAAUUUGACUUUA